ACUAGUGCAGAUUAUAGAAAAGAACAGAACUGGCGAGAUUCCCCGGAAGGGUCAAGGCGCAGGGUGGACCACGCCCGGGGAACCGUGAUCCUGUGCCACAAGCGCAGAGCACGCCCGGCGGGGUGUGGUUGGGGGGAACCCGUAGUCCCCAGCACCCUCCACCACCAGAUCCCUGCUGGUCGGCUGAAAAGAGGGGGCGAGUUGCUAGGCGAAGUGUCUUGGAGCUGCGAGCCUGGACAGUUGCGGCUGGGGCCCCCAGCCCGCACGGUGCAGGAAGGGGAGGUUCCCAAGCAGGGCGAAGGGGGGCCCGGAGCGGCUCGGGGCUGGGUAGGAAAAGCUGCCUCACGGCCGCGCCCUCAGCCGCUCGCCCAGCCCUCGGCGCUCCCAGCCCGCCCUCGGCCAGUCUCUGCCAAGCCUUCCCGGAGGCAACGCCGCAGCUUCGCCAUGUCCCAGCCGGGCCAAAAGCCUGAUGCCUCUCCGAGACCCCGGCGUGCCAGGCACACCCAGGAGCAUGUUAAUGAGAAAGCCAGUGGAUCGUCUUCUAAAUCAGGAGAGAAGAAAGGAUCCGAUGAGAAAAAAGCAGCCAGCCUUGGGAGUGGUGAACCUUCUAGAAGCCAUGUUGAUGGAGCAGCUGCCGUGACCAAGGUGUCAUCUUCCCCUGGUGCAGCCAGCAAGCCCGCCAGCAUGAAUCCCACGGGAGCCAAGGCUGUUCCAACCCACAAACAGGUGGAAGGACCGCAUCCUCCUGACAAGAAGAGACACAGAAGACAGACUGCAAAAACAGAGAAGUCGCAACCAACCCAGACGACAGAGGGUCCCGAGAAAAAGCCCCGAGAAGCUGAGCCGAAGGAACACCCCGAGCCAAAAAGCUCUUCUAGACACACGUCCGAGCGAGGAAGCAAGGAUGGUCCUAAGGAGAAGACGGCUGCAGAACCGAAGGAGCCAUCUACACCAGAGAAAGCAGCAGAGCCAAAGACUAAACCACAGGACACAAUAUCUGCUGGCGAGAAGAGCGUUGUUGCUGGGAUAACCACGACGCCUGGAAAACCAGAUGACCAGAAGAAGCAAAAGAAACCAUUGGCGGCCGCUGCACCAGCCGAACCAAAGCCGGAUAAGCCGUCCGGAAAGUCAGACAUGGAUGCUGCUUUGGAUGACCUAAUAGACACGUUGGGAGAUCCUGGCGAGACAAAUGAAGAUACUACGCCGUACACAGGACCAGAAAUCUCAGACCCCAUGAUUUCCACCUAUCUAGAAGAACUGGGUAAAAGAGAAGUUACAAUUCCUCCGAAAUACAGAGAGCUUCUGGCCAAAAAAGCAGGGAUCGCGGUGCCUCCACCAGACUCUUCGGAGUCCAUGGGACCCGACGAUGCCAUCGACGCCCUGUCGUCCGACUUCACCUGCCCUUCUCCCACUGCCGGCGCGAAGGAAGCCAAGAAAGAGAAAUCUGAAGGAGAGGUUUUAAAAGCCGAAUCAGCCAAAGUAAUAAAAAGUCCAGCCCCACCCCAAGAGAAGAAAAGAAAAGUGGAGGAGGAUGCCAUGAGCGACCAAGCACUGGAGGCCCUGUCGGCUUCGCUGGGCACCCGGAUACCAGAACCUGAGCUUGACCUCAGCUCCAUUAAGGAAGUGGCCGAGUCGAAAGCUGAAGAAGAGAAAGUCGAGAAGUGCGGUGAGGAUGACGAGACUGUGCCGGCCGAGUACAGACUGAAGCCAGCCACGGAUAAAGAUGGGAAGCCACUGUUACCAGAGCCUGAAGAGAAACCAAAGGCACGGAGUGAGUCGGAGCUCAUUGAUGAGCUGUCCGAAGGAUUCAGCCGCACGGAAUGGAAAGACAAACAGUCGAAGCCAGCUGAAAGCACAGAGGAAUCCAAGGAGGCCGCUACAUCCGCUCCAGUGACGGAAGCCGUGGGCCGGACCUCCAUGUGCAGCGUGCAGUCAGCGCCCGCCAAGCCUGCCUCCCAGAAGGGCCGAGUGCCAGAUGACGCCGUGGACACCCUGGCCAGCAGCCUGGGAAGGAAGGAAGCUGACCCAGAGGAUGGAAAACCUGUGGCAGAUCAAACCAAGGAGAAAGCCAAGGAAAAAGACCGAGAAAAGCUUGGAGAGAAGGAAGAAACGAUUCCCCCCGAUUAUAGAUUGGAAGAGGUUAAGGAUAAAGAUGGAAAAUCACUCCCACCAGCAGAGCCCAAGGCAGAGUUUCCAGCCAUGACCGAGGACGAUCUGCUGGAUGCCUUGUCUGAGGACUUCGGGAGUUCCUCGAAAGCAUCACCCCUUAAAUUCGACGAUGCCAAACUUGCCGCUGCUGUCUCUGAAGUGGUCUCCCACACGCCAGCGCCUGUCACCCACACUGCAGUCCCGCCCUCUCACGCACAGCCUAGUGACAAAGAACUUGACGAUGCUUUGGACAAACUUUCUGACAGUCUUGGGCAAAGGCAGCCUGAUCCAGAUGAAAACAAACCAAUAGAGGAUAAAGUGAAGGAGAGAGCCAAAAAGGAGCACAGAGACAAGCUUGGGGAGAGAGAUGACACCAUCCCCCCCGAGUACAGACACCUGCUGGACCAAGGUGACAAGGACAAACCGGAGAAGCCAACCUCAAAGAAAUCAAAGGAAAUGAAGAAGCCUGCAGGUGAACAGGACCCCAUUGAUGCCCUCUCCUCAGACCUGGACAGCUGCCCUUCAGCCACAGAGACCUCACAGGACGCCAAGAAGGAUAAGAGCAAGAAGACAGCGUCUAGUAACAAAGCGGCCAAACAUGCAGACAAAGCAAAGGAUUCCACAAAGACGACAGAGGAAACCUCUAAGCCAAAAAAGAAUGAAAAAACUACGAGUUAAAAGUUUACAUGGUUUGGCACCUCAAAUCUUCAACUGGUGGAUGGUGACUUUUGAAGAAUAAAGGCUUUUGCAACAGAAACGUUUUUCUGGGUAGCUUCUCAACAGUGGUAUUGAGCCUCGUCAUCCUAUGCAUUGGUUUGUUGCGCAUUUCCGGACGGGAAAAGGAACUUGAUUCCCUGCGUAGCUGUACUGGGUACUGACACUUGUUGAACGUUGUUAGAUAGCCUUUAGUUGUGACAGAAAGGAAGCUUCAUAUUUUUAAGUAUUGGAUAAGCAAUGCCAAAAAAACUUGCAAACUUUUGCACAUUCUACACCCAGUGCCUAUAAAUCUCAUUAGCAUUUUCCAUUUGCACUUUUUUUUAGCAUUUGCACAACAAUGUUUUUAACAGUCUUCCAUGUUCUGCUAUUGGGAUUCUUGAACUGCAAUAGCUAUUUUUUGGGGGGUUAAUGUACAGUAGUCUGGGCUCUGAUCUCCUCUUGGGGGACUGACAUAUAAGCUGGACAAAACCAGAGGCACCACACUCCUUUGCAUUUGAUCUCUGCCUUGCCUGGACUGCACCAGUUAGUGUACAAAGUGAGACUUUGUCAUCAGGAAAGGGCAAAAAUGCAGGCUUUGGAAUUACCCCACACCAGAGCGAACUCAGACUCCUGCCAUGGCACCGCAGGGUAGCCACUGCCCUGGUUGUCUCUGCACUGUCUAGCAUUGGACUUCAGGAGUUCCCUUUACCUAAUGCAACCUGCACCUUGAAAGACACAUACCUGAAGGACAUCUGCUUUCCUGACCCACCGACGUAAGAACCGGGUACUGAUAUCCUAUGAACGUCGAGAGUUUAAGAUCUUAGCAUUGCACUGAUGUCAUUGCUGUCUAUCUUCAGGUGCUGAGCGUAGGCAGCGAUGUCCCGAUACGAGCUGGAAUUGACAGCUCAGCCUGUCUUGGCUUGAAGCUCUUGUAAAACGACAUUUCGUAAAGUUAGUACCAGCCAAUUCUUAGAGGACACAGAGCAAGGUACUGCUUGUAUGUAUCAAAUAGACUCCUGAAAAAUCAAGCGGCUCUGGAAUUUCAAACUCUGCCUUCUUAGUGUCUUAAAUGGGACAAAGCAUAAGAAACUUUCCUCAAAGAUUUUACAAUGUGCCUUUCUCCCAUUUGGACAGAUGUUU